AUGCCCAUAGGCGAGACCAACCUCGCUACCCUCCUCCGGACCCUCGAACCUAUUCUCUCUCCCGAAACCUAUGUUUUCAUCACAACCACACAACCGCUCUCCUCCCUUCCACUCUCCACCAUCCAAUCCGAACUUAUAUUCCGAGAACCUGAGGGUCUGACUCUAAUCACCUCCAAGGAAUUGGCGGAAUCACACGGCUACUAUUACCGCCGCCAGAAUACUAACCAAGAUGAUCAUGGGUAUACAUUUCCCUGCAAAAAGAUCUUACUAAAGGUCCAUUCCAGCCUUGAGGCGGUGGGCUUGAUGGCGACGAUUUCGAGCAGGUUUGCCAAGGAAGAGAUAAGCUGUAAUAUUGUGGGUGCGUAUUUUCAUGAUCAUAUCUUUGUUCCUGUGGGUAAGGAGGAGCAGGCCAUGAGGAGUUUGGAGGAGUUGGGAGGGAGGCGAAGGCAGAGGAACGAAGCAAUGGCAUCUUUUUAG